CAUAUGUUUCCAAAUUUGUUCAGUUAUUUCAAUUGUUUCUUCAAUAAUAUGGAUAAACUUCAUCCAAAUACUUUGAAAAUCAUUGAAAUUAUGUAUGUUUGAUACUCAAACAACUGUGAAAAUCAUUCACUUUUUCACCUUUAUACUUUUCGAGUCACUCCAGAAUUCUGGUAAAUAUCAUAACAUUCACUGUGAAUACUUUCCACCCCCUGGAAUCUGAGAGUAACUUCAGAUAUUUUCGCUGAAUAUUGUUGAUGAAAACAUCAUGGAACCAGGACCGAGUGAAGAUCAACCCAAGCGAAAACUGAUUCGAGCCAAUUUAAGCCUAAAGUUAUCAACGAGUUUGGAUGAUGAGGAUGAAACUCGAGUCUCUGGAUCACAAUCAACAGAAAAAUUGGAAGAUCCCUUUUCCGAGCUUGAAGAUGAUGAUGAUGAUGAAAUAAAGGAUAACCAAAGGAGGGAAGAAGAUGAUAGAGAUUCUGAUGAUAGUGUUACCGCAGAAGCUGAUGGAGAUGAUGAAGAUGAUGAUGCAAAGAAUCAGCAAUAUGAAUCUUAUAUUAGAUCAAUGGAACCUGAAUAUGAUAAUUAUGAUACUGACGAUAAUGAUGAUUAUGAGGAUAAAGGUGAAACUAAUCAGCUGAAAGAUGAGCAACCAGAUGCCAAGCUAAAUGCUACUCCAAUGGUUAAAUUUUCUGAUCGAUUACUUGGAAGGAUAUUGAAAUUGUCCAAUGAAGCGAAAAGUUCAUCUUCAGGUUUACCUAUUAAAGGGUCAACUCUUGCUUCCAAGUUAAGGUCAACCCUUGAAUCGUUUGAAUCACGACAUUCAUCAGCUGAUUUGGGAAAAGGUUCCAAGGCCAAGUCAAUAUCGGGAAAGAUUAACGUUAACCAGGAUACUCGGGGUUGGUAUGAAGAGUUGAUGAGCUUUAUCAGUUCACAGGAUAACUUUGAGCCUUCCACUAUGACACUGGACAGUUUACAGAAAUUACGAUCAGUUAUUUGUAAAGGUGAACGGGAAAGUUUAAGUGUAACCAAAGAAUUGGAAUCUGAUUUGGCCAAUAAAAAGAUUUGCUUUGUCUGUUUAAAGGUAAGAUUUGGAUUGGUCAAGUGGCCGGCAAAGUGUAAAAUCUGUUCACAGGUAAUGUGCGAUAAAUGUUCAACCCUUUUACAUUUACCCUCGAAUCAAAAAAUGUACGAAGUAACUGUUGAUCAGAUUGAGUUAACUUCUAAUCCAAAAGAAAUUGUCUCAAAGCAAAACACGAUCAGAACUAUGACAAUACAAGAAUCAACGGAGGAAUCAAUUGGAUCGGGAGGAAAAUCAAACAUCAAUCAGGGUCGAGAAUCCAUAUCACCAAAUUCAUCAGAAUCUCAGUCAACCUCCUUUGGAUCAACUUCACCUUUACCUCCACCAUCACCACGACAUUUACCUGGAACAAGUAAACUACCUAAUCUAUUAAAAUCACUUUCAACGGCAACCUCAUCAUCGGGAGCAAUUAGAACCGCAAUCUCACCUGAACCAGGUAAUACAAUUAAGAUUUGCCUUGAUUGUUACCUUUUUAUGGGUAAAUUACGUAAAAUGAAAUCAAUACCUUGAAAAAUCAACUCAAACCAAAGACAAUUAACUGGAUCAAUUAAUUGCAGACACAAUAUAUCAUCAAUAUACUCAAUUAAAUUAUUAUUAUAUAAAAGUUUAACUCGAUGCACUUGGAAACAAUUAAAUUACCCAUCAGAUGCAAUUUUAAUCAACUAAACGGCAAAAUUACUAAUAAUAACAAUUAACCCAUUAAAAAUUAACGAUCAAAUUAAUCAAUCGUAUUCGUAAACUGUAUCCAGACACAAUGAACAUUAAUUUAAUUUUCAUAGUCACUUUCACAAUUAACUUUUGCCCUUUGAACAAAAAAAAAUUGUAAUCAUCAACAACAAUUAAGCCAAAUUGAUUACAUUGAAAACAAGUUUGAAUAAGUUUUGUUUUAUGAAUUAAUUUUAAUUGUCAACAAUUUAAUUCACUUUCCAGUUUCUCUCUGUGUAUUUACCUUGAAAUAAUUACAAAUAAUCAUAAAAAUAAACAAUCUCAAUACUUUAAUCACAUGGGAUUUCAUUAACUAAACUCAUUCUCAUGAGAAUGGCAAAUUUUGCAUCUCUCUCUCUCUCUCUCUCUCUCUCUCUCUCUCUCUCCUUGCUCACUUUUCAUCAAUUUUGAUUAUAUUUUCUUCAUCAUCUUCUCGUUAAAGGAUUUUCUCAAUACCCUUUAGGUUAAAUGACAAGAGGAGAGAGGAAAAAAAUAAUAACUUUUGAUGGUUUAAAGGUAU